UUCCGGUCUGUCCCGGAAGUAGCUAGUUAGCAACAGUUAGCUUAGGUAGCUAGUCGUGUGAUUCAUGUUGUAAUUAAAGGACGCUAAAGAACCAAAAUGUCAGGACAAACGAUGACAGUGACAGUCGCAUACGGAUCCACUAAGCACAGCAUCACAUUAACUGGCCAGGAUGAUGGCAAGGGCCCCUUUGUCAAAGACCUCUCAGAGGCUCUCACCCAAGUUACUGGAGUUCCCCAACCCUCACAGAAACUCAUCUUUAAAGGAAAAUCACUGAAGGAUGUGGAGGAGAGUCUGUCCAGCUAUGGGAUAAAAGAAGGCUGCAAACUCAUGCUGAUUGGAAAGCGGAACAGUCCUGAGGAAGAAACUGAACUGAAGAAGCUGAAAGACAUUGAGAAAUCUAUGGAACAGACGGCUAAAAAGCUGGAGAAGGUAGACGGGGAGUUGACUGGACUCAAGAAUGGCUUCCUGGCAAAAGACCUUCAGGCUGAGGCGUUGGGUAAAUUAGACCACAGAGUGAAAAUAGCAGCUGAACAGUUCAUGAAGAUCCUGGAGCAGAUCGAUGCUUUGACUAUCCCAGACAAUUUCAACGACUGCAAAAUGAAGAAAAAGGGACUCGUAAAGACGGUGCAGGAUUUCCUGGCCCAGUGUGACAAGAUCGAGGCUUGUAUAUCAGACCACCUUUCAAAGAUCCAGUCGAAAAAUCUUGCCCUGGCGGAGUAGAUUCACAAAUCCUCCCAUAUCGUGUGCUAUACAUUGCUCUGUGAGCAACUGCAACAUGUACAGAAAGCGUCGAGUGUGGAUGCGGUCCUUGUCUAUUUAUUGUUGGGUUGAUGUUUGUGAGAGAGCUUCAUCACAGAGAAUCCUGUGAAGAGGAGGAGGCUGGUUAUCGGCACUGAUGCUGGGUACAUCUGGGAUACAUUCUCUGGGAUAAAGACAUAUGAAGUGCUCCUCAAGAUAUCGUAACCACAGUCACUCAGUGAAAGGAUCAGAGGUGUUUUAAUUUGUGGCAAAUUUUGUAAAUCCCCUUUUAAAGCAUCCAAAAAAUAGUGCUGAAGAGAACUGCCGUGGCCAAAUGUCAAAAUAACCACGAUGAUGUCAGAAAACGGUUACUAAAA